AUGAUGAAAACUAAGCAUAAUGCUUUGGUGGACACUGGAAGUGAUUAUUCUUUAGUUUCUGAGGAUAUCUUGAAUGAUACUCAGAAAUCUCUUGUCAGCUCGAGUAAUAUUACAGCUUGCGGAGCGAGCAGUGAAGAACUUCAAAUUGAGGGAGAAAUUCUGAUGGAUGUAAAGCUAGGCAAAACCAUAGUGAGACAACAUAGGUUCAUUGUGGUAUCUAAACUUGUUACUAGAGUGAUACUUGGGAUGGACUUGUGGAUAAAACUUGGCACAGUCACUCUAGAUUUGACAAAAGGGAGGUUGCGAGUGGAUUCAAUAAAUUUAUCAUUGCCAUUGAAUACUGGGGAAAGGACACAAUCACAUAAAUCAUGCUCUGAUGGAGUGGUGAAGCUCAUUGUUAGAGCUGAGAAUGCAGUUGUGAUACCUCCUAGGACAGAAUUAUUUAUAUGCUGCUCUGCUGAUGGGAUGGUUCCAGAUGAGCGGUAUCUGUUGUGUCCCCGACGCCCUGAGGGUUCUCCGGUUGCCCCUCCUCAUUGCUGCAUCCAAGGUUCAAUCAAGAAGAAAAUGUAUGUGAGAGUUGCAAAUGUAUCGGAUAAACACGAAACUGUGCAGAGUGGAGAGGAGAUCGGGGAACUAGAGCCCAGUGUGGUAGGAUACGAUGGCAACCAUAGCCUUUUAAGUUCAAUUGAGGGGAAAAGAGGAAAUUUCAUCGUUGGAGAGUCGCUUACUUUUGAGCAGAAAGAGGAAAUGGACAAGGUACUUCAUGAGUUCAAGAAUGUUUUCUAUAAUGGAGGCCCACUGCCACUGGUACAGGUAGGGGUGGAGCACACAAUCAGAGUUAACCCAGAUUCAGCACCAAUAGCAAAUAGACCGCGGCAGUUGUCACUUGCUUUGGAGGCAGAAGUCAAGAAGGAGCUAAGCAAACUUCAGGAUAUGGGUGUAAUAAAGAAAUCAUGUAGCCCUUGGGCAGCUCCUAUUGUUUGCGCUCGUCGAGCUGAUGGAAGCCUUCGGUUGGCUAUUGAUUAUAGGGGAGUAAAUAGCGUGUCCCAGCCAGCAACAUUGCAUCCAAUUCCUGUGUGGUCGAGGAUCUUCUUGAUAGACUUGGUCAGGCAAAAUACUUUUCAGUGCUUGAUGCAAAGUCUGGAUACCAUCAGAUGCCUCUUCGGAAGGAGGAUUGUGAGGUCUCGGCCUUUGUAG